GCAUUUUAGCGGUUUCCCUCCAUUUCCGUUGCAGGAUGACCUGUCAGGUGUUACGUGCGUCUCGGUCCACACCAGAAGCGGCGCGCUGUGUUGCGUCUGUGUGUCAACUCAGAAGAAAUGCCAUCUCAACCAAGUGAUCUUCCGUCUCUUCCUCUCGGAUUUUGAUCACCGUCAGCAGGUCGGAUCGCCUCGCUUUUUAUGUUUCCGUGGCUGCUGAUUGAAUGGCUGUCAUGACUUGUGCCCUCAGGACCGUGAAGAUACGAAAGCAGGAUGAAAAUCCCUCCUUUGGCGUUUAUGCGUCCUUCCAACCUCUCAGUAAUUACAGCCGGUAAUUAGACUGGGAAUCUCGGUGAAAUUUACUGAUCAAACAAUGGGCAGACCUUCAUUGUAUCGACAUAAAAGACAAAGACGUUUCCUGGCUGUGAAUUCAUUUAAACAUUGCCAUGGAGAAGAGUUCGGACUAAAACACGGGGAAAUUUGAUAACACAGUGGAGGAGCGAGAGCCUGGAGGUGACGACAUGGUCAUCACCGAUAGAAACACCCCUGUACUUAAAAAGGAGCCCCAGAGUAAGACGAGGAGGAAGUCCCGCCCUCAUGGCCUGCCGUCUCCGGCGCUCUGCUGCGCCUGCGGCCUGUGCAUCAUGCUGGCUGGACUCAACAUCACCCUGGUGGGAGCGUUCGCCUUCAGCACACUGGUGCCUUCUGCCAACCCCCCGAUCAUCAUCGGACCUAUCCUUCUGCUGGUGGCCUUCUCCUUUUUUGGCGCCUGUUGCGUGUGCAGCCGCCUCCCACCUCCCCACAGCUCACGGAGGUCUAAAGUGGGUGGCAGGGGUGCGGGGCUGAUGGGACACGGCGGGCUGGCUGGUGGGGCGGUGUUUGAAAUAGAGACCAGCGAGCACACGCUGCAGGAUACUACAGCUGUGCAGCUCAGCCCCACAUCCUCCCCAGGGUCAUCCCGGGCGUCAAGCCCAGGAAAAGAGGCUCCUGACGUGGCUCCGCCAGGGUCCUGUAACCACGUCACCAUGGAGACCAACGGCCCUUUUUCUGUUUCCACCACCGCAGUCUACUCAGCCUCCGCGGCAGCAGGAGGGGAGGUGAGGCUCAACCUGCCACGUGAGGAAGUGGUCGCCUAGCAGAGCAGAAACUCUUCCAGGGCCGGAGCGCUGCCAGUGUAAAUAUCCUUCUGGGUCGAGGGCUCGCUGAGUGUGAUCGUGUCCUCUAGUUUACGUGGUGCCAUAUUUCUGGUUGUGAACAGUAUGCUUUUAUUUUUAUUUUUUUAUUUUUUUCUCUGCAGCCAACAGGUAAUUAGCAUGCAAAGUCAAUAAAACAUCCAAGUGUUUGUGGAUCACAGGAAUUCAAAUUCCUACCUCUCUUGUGCUGUUUUUUCCUACAGGUCUUUGUUUUUUAA